CAGCGGGUUCGCAACGCGACGGCUCUUUCGCCAUCUUGUUGACACCCCGUUGACACCGAGUCUUCAAUUACCCGACGUUCAGACGUUCAUACUACACCAUCUGCGCUAAAUAUUAGUUGCUCACGUCUGCAGCAGAACCUCUUGCUGAGCUACAACGUCUCUACUGAACGACAGCAACACCUUCGGAAAUGACAACAAAUAAGACGGAAGACGAAGUCCGCCAAGACAAAGGAGUCUCACUCAUGGGCACCUAUCUGCUGCAAGGCUGGGUCAUGACAGACAGCCCAUGCCCGUCCUCCGGAUGCAACCUACCCUUGAUGCGAACGCGAGAUCGCACUCGCAGUCUCUGCGUGCUGUGCAAUGAUCCCAAACACCCAUAUCCGCCCGCCAGCUCCGUGGGUGUCGCGCCAACGGCACCGGUGGUUGUUGGGCAGUCGGAUGGUGGUCUCUCCCACCCAGCUCAAUAUCGGUUGACCGCGGAGGAGACGAGGGAAUUGGAGCCUCUUCUAGCUGAGAAGGACGCCGAAAGGGCACCACCGACGACCGCUCGCAGGGAGAGAUCUGACCGUGCAAGCAAGUUGCUCGGUCAGAAGCUGCUGGCAGGCUGGACCCUGCUCGACGUGGUGUGCGAAGAUUGUGACGGCGGGGUCCCAUUGAUGAGGAACCAUCAGAAAAAGAACGUCUGCGUAGUUUGCGGUGCUGGCUCGGAAAUCCCCGCCAUCACCAAGCCCGCUGCGAGCGUAUCAACUUUGCCGCCUCCCAAGAUCUCUCGUUUGGACGAUGCAACUCCACAGGAUGUCACAGAAAGCAAGGGACGAAAGACGGAAACGGAAACGGCCCCAUCUGCACGAUGCGACGACGAGCACAUCUCUAUCCAGUUAUCCAAGACAUUGUGGACAAUACGGAAACGUAUGGAGGAUUUCAGACAGUCGAUAGAAAGCAGCGAGGACGUGGAUGUUGGAGGCAUUAGAGUCUUGUGCGAAGGCGUUGAGAGUUGUGCGAAAGCGAUCAAUGCGUUGGAGGGUGCUAGGAAGGCUACUAACUGAGAGUAGCAAAAGUCAUAUACUUUGUAUACUUUGCAUGGUCAUGUACUGUGUACAUUAAUAUCAUUGCAUCGCUGGAUGGAUGUUUCGUCAC